AUGAAUCAGGUAUUUGCUGAUCAGCUGGGCAAGAACGUUGAGGUGUACAUCGACGACAUGAUAGUAAAGUCGGUCGAUAUGGCAGUACACAUCAGAGAUUUGGAGCAAACCUUUGAGACAGCCUUGCCUUUCUUCAAAUUGUUAAGGAAGGAAGUGCAGUAUGGAUGGACUUCGGAGUGCGAAGCUGCAUUCCAGGAGAUUAAGAGGCAACUGGCUUCACCUCCAGUACUAGCAAAACCAAGGGAGCUAGAAACUUUAAUUUUGUAUCUAUCUGUCGGAGACGUGGCUGUCAGCUCGGCUCUAGUACAGGAGAACGAAGAGGGUCAGCAACCGAUAUAUUUUGUGAGUCGGCUCUUGCAAGGGGCCGAGCUCCGGUAUCAACGAUUGGAGAAGGUAGCUUUUGCUCUCUUAAUCUCGGCAAGAAGGCUUCGAGCAUACUUUCAAGGACACAGGAUCCUGGUGCAGUCCGACUUGCCAAUCCGGCAAAUACUUCAUAAACCGGACUUGGCAGGAAGAAUGAUGAGUUGGGCUGUGGAGUUGUCAGAAUUUGACAUAGCUUUCGAAAGCUGUAAAGCGAUCAAGUCUCAGGCAUUGGCCGACUUCGUUCGAGAGCUCACUUCAAUCCAACAUACGGACUCCAGUAGCCCAGAUACUUGGACUGUGUAUGUCGAUGGAUCCUCCAAUCCAAAAGGAAGUGGAGCCGGGGUUAUCAUUGAAAACCCUGAUGGCGUUGCAAUUGAAUACUCUAUGCAGAUGGACUUCGAAACUUCCAACAAUCAGGCGGAGUACGAGGCCUUCAUAGCCGGCUUAUUGCAGGCUAAAGAGCUUGGAGCUCGAAAAGUGAAGGUUUAUAGUGACUCCCAGUUGGUCACCUCUCAAAUUGAGGGAAGUUACCAGGUCAGAGGACCUUUGCUGACAAAACAUCUUGAAGAUGCAAAACAGAUAAUGACAAACUUCGAAAAAGUAGAGGUUAGUCACAUUCCGAGAAAUGAGAACAGUAGAGCAGACAUACUGUCCAAAUUGGCAAGCACAAAAAGAUGGGGAAACUAUAGGACUGUGAUUGAACAAAGUAUUUCGGAACCGACAUGCAUCAUGCAGAUCACGCAGGUGAGUGACUGGCGUUACCCCAUCAUCGAAUACAUCGAAAAAAGGAUAUUGCCUGCUGAGAAGGAGGAGGCCAAGAAGCUAGUCCGGGAUGAGGCGUCAUAUACUAUGCACGUCGGGGGUAAGGCACUAGCUCGAAAAGCGCUUCGAGCCGGUUACUUUUGGCCGUCCAUGACCAAUGAUGCAAAAGAGCACGUACAGAAGUGCGAUCAGUGUCAAAAGCACGGUAGGAAUCUGCUGGCUCCCCCUGAGGAGUUGAAUUUGAUCACGGCUCCGUGGCCGUUCUUCAAAAGGGGAAUUGACCUCUUGGGUCCAUUUGCGGCAGCUGAGGGCCAAUUGAAAUGGUUAGUGGUAGCAGUUGACUAUUUCACUAAGGGGAUUGAAGCAGAGCCAGUCGCCACCAUCACUUUGGCCCGGAUUUAG